AUGCACCUGCCAUCUCGAAAAGGCAACACAACCCUACGAAGCACCUCUCUGCCGACUACUUUCCUGAAAAUGGCUUCCACACCUCAAUGCCACGUGCGCCGUUCUCCGCGCCUCUGGCGCAUCUCUCCGACUCCCACCAUUCGGAAGACGGGGGCCACCAACGCAAAGUCUCUCACUAUUGCUUCCUCGUCUGCAGCGGGCGUUUCUGACCAAAUAUUAUCCCCCCCUCCAUACGGUAUGUACGACUGA